AUGAUGUCGACCUGGGCGCCUAAUGCUCAGAUCUUGGACCAGAUCGUAUACAUCCUGGCCGGUACGUUAUCGUCUGACGCUAAUGUGCGGUUGCAAGCAUCUGAUGCCCUGGAAAAGGCAAGAUCACAAUCGGAAUUUGACAAUUACCUUCUCCACAUAUUAAUAAAUGGCCAAGCUUUGGAAUCCCAAGUGAGAGCGUCUGCUGGUUUGAUGUUGAAAAACGAUUUGAUCAGAAACCUCCAAUCCAAGUCACAAGAUCUGAAAGCUCACAUUUUGCAGGAGAUUCCAAAAGGAUUGCUGGAUUCCCAGAAUUUGGUCAGAAACAUUACAGGUAAUGUGAUUACCACCCUAUUCUCAAUCUUUGGUGUUCGUCAAUGGCCCAACAUCUUGCCUAACCUUAUGGAACUUGCCUCGGGUGCUGCAGGUACCACCGAGUCCCAGGAAGGUGCUUUGAGUGCCCUCGCUAAGAUCUGUGAGGACUCUGCUCGUGUGCUUGAUCGUGAGUACGACGGACAAAGACCGUUGAACUACAUGAUUCCAAAGUUUAUUGAGCUCACAGGGGCUUCAAAUUCAAAGGUCAGAGCAUAUGCGAUCGGCUGCAUCAACCACAUCCUGCUCACGAAGACGCAAAGUAUGUACAUUCAUCUGGACGAGUUCAUGGCCCGAUUAUUCAAUCUUGCCACAGACGAUGACCCCGUUGUGCGUACCAAGGUCUGUACUGCGUUUGCAAACAUUUUGGAGGAGCGUCCCGAUAAGCUGCUGCCGCAUCUAGAUGGAGUUAUUAAUUAUUGCAUCCACUCCAUGGGAGAUUCAAGUGAGGAAACCGCGUUGGAGGCAUGCGAGUUUUUGCUUGGACUUGCCACAUCGGACAUUCCAGAGCCGAUUGUGAAAACCAAAUUGCCGGUUUUAAUGCCUGUGUUGUUGGAGAAGAUGGUAUACUCUGAAAUGGAGGUUUUCAUCAUCGAGAACUCUGACGAACAGGAAAACGAAAAUGUCGAAGACAAAGACGACGAUAUCAAGCCUCAGAUGGCAAAGGGCAAAGAUGCGCAUAAGCUUUCCAAUAAAAACAGUGCCGCAGCUAAAGGUGCUGAAGACGAGUCUGACGACGAAGACGAUGAAGACGAUAUUGACGGAUCGAUGGAGUGGAAUCUGCGUAAAUGUUCUGCAGCAACGAUGGACAUCCUGGCCACGAAUUUCCCUUACGAGGCUCUGGAGAUUUCGCUCCCAAUUAUCAAAGAAAGAAUCAGUUCUCCUCAAUGGCCUGUUAGAGAGGCGUCUAUUCUUGCUUUGGGAGCAAUUGCCGAAGGUUGUUUGGACCAGGCAUCCCCUCAGCUUCCGUCGCUAAUUCCAUUCUUGGUCGAGAGACUUAAAGACUCCGAAACCAGAGUUCGUCAGAUCACCUGUUGGACUCUUGGUCGUUACUCAUCGUGGGUGUGCUCUGAAGCAUUGAGUGGUGGUUCUUGUGCCAACUAUUUUGCUCCAACGUUCCAAUCGAUCAUGGAAUGCGCCUUGGAUACCAAGAAAGUGGUUCAAGAAAGCGCCUGUUCUUCGCUUGCAGACUUCAUCGAUGCCGCCAAACCAGAGCUCCUGACGCCUUUUGUGGAACCUCUUCUCCGUCACAUCCAGGCCUACUUCAAAAAGUACCAGCGCAAAAACCUCAUCAUUCUUUACGAUACUGUUCAGACGUUCGCGGAAAGAGUUGGAGACCAACUAUGUUACAAGCCAGAGUACAUUGAGAUGCUGCUUCCUCCGUUGAUUGAAAAGUGGCAGCAGCUCACCGACGACGACAAGGACCUUUGGCCGUUAUUGGAGUGUAUGUCUUCUGUUGCUGCGGCACUUGGCGAGUCGUUUGCUCCGUAUGCUGUGCCGGUAUACGAGCGUGCGUUCCGGAUUCUUGUCAUGUGCGUUGAACAGGUCAAGCUGUCUACUGAUGAUCCUGGAUUCGAGGCUCCAGAGAAAGAUUUCAUUGUGACGUCUUUGGACCUGAUUGACGGCUUAGUGCAGGGACUCAACACACACAGCGCGGAGCUGAUCCAGCAGUUUGACACGAACGAUGUUUCUUUGAUGAAGCUGGUGAUUCUGUGCUUUGACGACCCAACAGACGAUGUUCGUCAAAGUGCGUACGCUCUUUUGGGUGACCUUGCGAUUUUCCUGCUGGACCCAAUUGUGACGUCGAAUCUCCACCAGGUGAUGGUUUGCAUUGGUAACGAGAUCACCAACAGAACGUUUGACUCGACCGCUGCUUGCAACAACGCCGUGUGGGCUUUGGGAGAGAUCAGCAUGCGUUUGCCGGGAGAGGUGUUCAAGCAGUACUUGGUGAACUUUAUGAACGUUCUUGUCCCACUGCUGCUGAGCACCGACGUCGAGCAAACCAUUCUGGACAACGCGUCGAUCACCAUUGGCCGUAUUGGUCUGAACAACGCCGCCAGCAUGGGCUCCUACGUGGGACAGGUUUUGGUCACGUGGUGCUCGUUCAUGAAGUACCUGGAAGAGAACGAGGAGAAGGAGACCUCGUUUGAAGGGAUGUGCAACAUUAUCACUGCCAAUCCGACCGCGCUGAAUCCUCACGAUGUGAACGGUCGGCUGGCAAUCAAGCAUUUAAUCGAUUGCAUAGCAUACUACGAAGCUCCGUCCAACAGACUUGGAGGCAUGUUGCAUUUGUUGCUGACGGGUUUCAAGAACGGAUUGGGCGAGGCCGGAUGGAACGGUCUUCUUGCCGAACUGGAUCCGUUUGUGGGUGAAAUCUUGAAAAUGAAGUAUGGAGUGUAA